GGGGGAGAGGGACAAAAAAGGAGGCGGAGCUAGGCCCGGUUCGAGGGGGAGGGGCAGGAGGUUCUAGAAAUUGAAGGAGGAGGCGGGGCCUCCGCCGGAGCUCCAUGUUGUUCCGGACGCUGCUCCGGGCCCUGCGGCGGCGGUGGCACAGCUACAAGUACCGCUUCGUGCCCUGGAUUGCACUCAACCUGAGCCAGAACCGGAGGACCUUGAGAUAUGUUCCAGAGAACUGCAGAGACAAAAUUAUCCCAGAUGAAGAUGUCCUAGCAACAUUACUGAAAGUCUUUCAGGCUCUGUUCGUAAGUGACUUCAAUAGACAAACAGACAUCCUUGUCUUGCUUCCAGAAACCAUUAAAUCAAAAUAUCGGGAUUUAUUGAUUACUCACCAUCAAAGGACUGAACUGCCCAGAUGCAACAUUCAGCAACAAAAUAUCUACAAGCCAGGAGAAGUUCUUUUUAAUACGUUGGGCUUCAGUAUUUCCCGAGAAACUAGUUCAUUGAUUUCUGCAGGAAAAGGUGUCUUCGUUACCAAAGGAUUUGUGCCAAAAGGAGCAGUUGUAUCUAUGUAUCCUGGUACAGUGUAUCAGAAGCAUGAGCCAAUUUUUUUCCAAUCCAUUGGAAAUCCCUUCAUUUUUAGAUGCCUAGAUGGGAUGCUUAUUGAUGGAAAUGAUAAAGGAAUAUCAAAAGUUGUAUACCGAUCAUGCAAUGGGAGGGACCAACUUGGUCCUUUUAAAAUGAGUGACAGUACAUGGCUGACAUCAGAGAUUCAAAAUCCACUGGCUGUGGGACAGUAUGUGAACAACUGCUCCAAUGACAAAGAAGCUAAUGUAUGUUAUCAGGAAUUUGAUGUGCCUGAACUUUUUCCAUUAGAAUUUAAGCAGUAUCUUCCGAACAUCAUGUACAGUUGUGACAUACAAAGCCCAUUGCGAUGUGUGGUUCUCGUGGCACUCAGGGACAUCCAGCAAGGAGAAGAGCUUUUCUCCAACUACUACACAAUUAUCAACUAACUUGAUGGAAUUGGUUUUUCUACUUAAUCAUUCAUUUGACUCGAGGGUUUUUCUCAGUGUAUUUCUCUGGGAUGUAUGUUGUGGAGAUUUGUCUAUGAGAUCUCAUUAGACUGGGGAUUUUCAUUUUCAUGUAAAUAUUGCUUUUAUAUUUUGAUGCAGUGAUGGAAGCUAUUUGCUUCAGUGACUUUUAAAAUUUGUCUUGCUAUUUCAAGAAAAAAUGCUUUUCACCUAAAUACACGAUAGCUUAUUAAAUUAAAAUCAGCUUCUUGAAC